AUGAACCCGCCCUUGAGGGAGCAGCCUACACAAAAAAAGAGGAGCAUGAUGUCGAGGGCGCAAGGUAUCGCCCCGAUUCCUGUCGAGAAGCGCGUGGUCGCCAAGACGCUCACCGUCUUCACGUUGUGGUGGUGCAUGAACGCGAACAUGCUCCCAAUCACUGUCGGGAUGCUGGGCGCAACAUACGGGCUUGCUCUGGUAGACUCGGCGCUCGUCAUCAUCUUCUUCACUCUUCUGACGACAAUGUUGCCGGCGUACCUGUCGGCCUUGGGACCAAAGACGGGUAUGAGGCAGAUGAUACAGGCGCGAUUUAGCUUCGGUCGGUAUCUAAUCGGAGUUCCCGUUCUGCUCAACCUUGCUACGCUGGUGGGGUUUUGCGUCGUCCUGGCCGUCAUCGGGGGACAGUGCCGAUCAGCGGUCGGCAGAAGCAACGCUAUCAUCUCCUUUGGGAUGAAUGAGGCUUCGUACAUGAUCCCUUGGGCGUGUCUGGCUUCAGACUUCACAACAUAUUUGGAGCCGUCGACUUCCUCAAAAUCUUCUGGUACACCGAUGAGCUACUUCGUGACCCUCAACUUCCAGCUCCUCCCCACGCCCUUCUCCCAUAAGGCCACACUCAGUCCGCGCUACGUCUAUGCGCUUCUCGUGACAGCGGCGGUGAUUCCCGUCGGCAUACGUGCAGCCACCGACUUCUUUGCGAGCUUGGAAAACUUCAUCGCUCUCAUAGUGUACUGGUCCGCCGCCUUCCUCGGCGUGAUCCUCGUCGAGCACCUCUGGUUCCGCGGCGCCGACUGCGCGAGGUACGUCCCCGACGCCUGGGACGAUGCUGCGAGGCUGCUGCCUGGCGUGGCUGCGUUUACGGCGUGCGUGCUCUGCUUCAGUAUUGUCGUCCCCAGCAUGGCGCAGGUGUGGUGGAUCGGCCCGAUCGCCGAGACGAACCGGGGAUAUCGGGUUCGAGCUGGCGGUUGCGGUGUCUGGGUUGCUGUAUUGGUUUUUAGGUCGUUUGAAAGGAGGAUUUCAGGGCAGUGA